AAACAGAUUAUUCAAAACAAUUACUCACUGAAAUUACAGUCUAUCAUUUAAACGAAUCUUCAUACACUAUCUAAAUAGAGAUCAUCUCGGAGAUGCCGUAUCUGUAUGGCAUAGCGGAUACAAAGUUUUUGGUUAGGAAACUAAAGAAAAAGAUCAGCAAUGAUGUAGUACCGCCGAUUAAAUUUCAACGUCGGGAUUUUCUCAAGAAUUCUCCAAAAUUCAAUCUCCACGAUGUUCCCAUACAGUUUCGAUGCUCGCCGGCCAGUUUGCUGGAGUUGUGUGUGAAUGCCGUGGACAAGGUGCCCUUGUCACCGGUUUUUGAAUGGGAUGAUAUGGAUAUAAGGCGUUGGAUCAAGUCAUAUGGUUAUCCCGAGUAUAUGAAUACAUUUCGCGAGAAUAUGAUUUGGGGUCGCAAGUUGCUUCUACUUGAUGCUGCCGCCUUGUCGGCCAUGAAUAUCAAGGACUUCGAUCAUAUACGUCAUAUAGCCUAUGGGAUUCGAAUGCUUUUCCAUUUUGAGCUGACACGUUGGUCACACAGUAUUUCCCUGCCCGACGAGAAGCCCAACGAAUUGUAUUUACUGUUUCACACUCAGACGGGGAUCAAUUACGAUGAAGUGCGUCGAUCAGAUUUGUAUCGUCGCAUGAAGUUGCUAAGCAAAAGAUCCUUGAAUCUGGAUCACUGGGAUCUCCUGGAUCUGUGGCUGCGUCGAGAGAGGGAACGCAAAUGCACUGUAUUGAUAGGACAAGUGCCAAGAUAUAGCAUGUUCAAGUGCGAAAAGCCCAAAGUGGAGCAGGUGGGACUGGAGGGUCAUAUGGACGAAAGUGUCAUGUGCCGCACUUGCAUUCCGCCCUGCGAUUGCGACUGGACGGAGCGGGACAAUCAUUUGCCCUGGCGCCUCAGCUGCUUGACCCCGGCGGUCGGUAUGAGUCGAAGCAAAUGGAUGGCCAUGGACACCCGAUGUAGUUACUGUAUACCACCUUGUGAGUGCCGUUGGCCAUCGCGUUACUAUCUCACCGGAACGGUCAUGAAGUGCUUGCAAAAGAAAUUCCCAGAGAAAUUCUGUCCCAUCUUCGAUGAACGCAUGCGGGCCACUGCCAGGCCCAGUUUGAUUGAGCGAUGGACACGUUUCUCCUUUUGAGACAAUCCUAUCUAUUGACGGAAGUGCACCUAAAACCUAAAAUACACAUUAUAUUCUGUAAUGCAAUAUGCAAUUAUAAAUUGCCAUAUAUCAACUGA